UAGACAAUCUCGCCUAAAUCCAAAUGACUUGGAAAUGUUGAUGAAUGAAAAGUUUCACGUUUGGUUUCAAAGCAAGGUUAUAGGUCUGGAACGUGACUCGACUAUCUCUGCUGACAUUGUGGCCCUAGGUAGGGGUCCUAACAAGGGUUACAAAUGGCGUCAAAGUCUCGUAGCUUGCAUAACUUAAGGAUUGUAACAGAUAGUUCAUAUUCUGAAGCCUCGAUUCAACAAGUGAAUAAUUAAAAUGGAAGCAAUGCAUCUUCGCAAUCACAACCAGUUGAACCAGAGAGUUGUCAACCUAUUGUUGAUACUUGCACAGAAAUGAUAGACAAUGAUGGAAGGAGAUUUAAAAAGAGAGGGAGAACAACAAUGUCUUCAGUAUGGAAUAUGGAAAAGGAUGAAAAGAUAUAUGUAGAAGUAGAUGAAUUUGGAGUUCCAUGUUCGAGAGAAGGUGCAACACUUGGAUCCUUCUUAGGGACUAUUGCAGUGAAUGGGAAAUACGCACCAUUAGAUAUGCCUAGAUGGGAUAGCAAAGAUUACAAAUCAUUUCGUGACGAUAUUUUAACUUUGGUGCAGGAGAAAUUUUUGAUUCCUCCCGAGACAAAAAGAUGGGUUCUUGAAUCAGUGGGUAAAAAAUGGAGGGAUUACAAAUCUGACCUAAAAUUGCAACAUUUCAGUCGCAAUAAACCUAAAGAUCAAGUCCUAACGAAUGUUCCGAAAGGAGUUGAAGCAGCUCAAUGGCGUAUUUUGGUGAAUGGAUGGUACACUGAACAAAGUCAGAAAGUAAGCCAAAUAAAUACUGCCAAUGCCAACAAGAAGAAAAACAAACAAACUACUGGAAGGAAAAGUUAUGUGAGGCUGAGGAAAGAAAUGGAAAUACAAAAUGGAAAGGUUCCUGAUCGACUUACAUUUUACGAAAAGACUCAUAAGAAGAAGGACGGCACAUAUGUUGAUGAUAAUAGUAAAGAGCUAAUGGAUAAAGCUAAGCAGCUGCAGGCAGAACGCAGUGAAGGUUCUAGUACGAAUUUAGCUAAAGUGAAUGAAGAGAUCUUUCAAGAGCUAAUGGGUCCAGAGCAUAAUGGGAGAGUACGUGGUUUGGGUUCUGGAGUCACUCCUACAAGGUAUUUUGGAUCGACUAGGUAUGAUAUUGGAGGAAGAUGCCAUAACACUACAAAUGUAUGUCAGUCAGAAGAGGUUAAAGAUCUUAAGGAACAACUACAUAGUAUGUCUAAAACCGUGGAUGCUUUAAAAGCGUUUAUCAACAAGCAAUUUCCAGGACAAUGGACAUCUACAGGAGUUGAUAAUCAUCAGGAUGGUCAUUCUUCAAGUUAAUCAGUUUGGAAUUCAACUCAGUUUAGCAACAUUCAGCAGGCACACCAUUGUUUGCAGUGCGAUUAUCUAGGACAAUUUUUGUUGAUUAUCUUAAUACUUUGUUAUUAGUUGUGUUAUUCAGAUAUUGAUUAUAAACACUUUUAUUAGAAUCAAUUUUGGGUCUAAAUAGAAAUAU